AUGUUCAGCAGUAACACUUCAGAUAAUAAAAAUCGACGUAGAUCUUUUUUCCUAUUCGGAGGAUCCCAGGUAGUACCGAAAGCAUCUACACAUAAGGCAUCAACCAGUAAUGGCAGUGGUAAGGUUCUGAGCUCUCAAACUCACAGGCAGCAAGCUGUUGACAUAUCUUCCAGUCAUAAUAGGAAACCAUCUUUGCAUGCAGUCGAUGGUCAAAGGGAGAGCAAGCCGGUCUUCAAAUCUCAACUAUCUGAAACCGGCACAGCAGCUCAUGUAAAUGACAUCUUAGACGAUAAAGAUGUCCCCAACGGUAUGCACACUGAUAUAGCGAAGCGAUCUACUUCACAUAUGAAGCGACCACCGCCCCCACCAAUAGAUUUGGAAGCGCUGAAUUUUGUCAAGCAAACACCAACUCUACGAGUAUCGAGUAGCGGAGAUAUAGGGCAAUUGAGCUCAACCCAGGAAACAUUGAAGUCUGCUUCAUAUUCACCUUCUAAAACUCCAGUUGCUCUGGAUCAGGAGCCAGAAGUAAAACAGCACAAAAGACAGAUUUCGGAAGCUGAGAAAUUGGUUGACGAUCUUGAUAGUUAUAUCAAGCAGCAAAAGGAGAUGAGCGAAAGUGCUGGGAAUGGUUCUAAAGGUGAGGAUGUACCGAAUCAGUUCACAAGUGGUAACUCGAACUUUGCUGAUGACAGUUUUUUAUCACCAAAGUCUUCAACAUCUUCAAAAUCCAGUAUCAAUGCAGAGAGUCCGAUAGAAAGUCCUUUUACGUAUGUUGGACCUUUGAACUUGCCUGUUGAAGAUAGAAAUCCCCUAAAAAAUAAGGAAGCAUCACUUUCGAAGAGAAGAUAUGAUCCUUUCCUCGACUUGGAUGUUGAUAAUGACAGAUUUUCUUUUACGACCUCUUUGAAUGAUAAAUCGGUUAAAAGUAUACAGCAUGUAGCGCUAAAUGAUUCUAUGGGAGCAGCCCCUAUUAUUACAAACUAUGGCUAUGGCUAUGGAGCCAUAACUGAUAGCGAUAUUGAUACAAAUGGUUCUGAAAACGAUGAAACCUCUCGCCUAUUGGGCACAGGCCAUGAUGAUGAUGAAAAUCUUUCUCUCAAAAGAGAACCCUCUAUAACUGUUCAGGAAACUGGCAAUGAGCUGGAAUUUAGCGACAGAAAUACUGAUGAUGAAGAAGCUGUAUCAAGAAAUUUUCGUGUUGUGAACGAAGAUAAACCUUCCUUUUACUUGAAUGGUAACGACAACAACACAACGAGUACGACAAAUUCUACAGCAACCGAAGAUUAUGAGAGACCUCAAGACGGUCAAAGUAAGUUAUCAUUACCAGAUGCCAGCGAUAACUACGGAGAGCUUUCUAUAACAAGUACUGCCUCAAGUUACGAACCUACUCCUGGCAUGAGGGAAACUGGAGCAGAUGACAUCAUUCUGGAGACUAAAAACAUGGUUCCCCUUCCGGAUAAAUCAGUUAGCAACGAUAUCGAAAAACCGUCGGGUGCCCCGCAUGUAGUAGACAAUCUUACUACACUUAGCCAGUCCAGCAGAAGCAGUCUUACAAGCUCUAACAAUAGCUCAUCCGUCUCUCCGCAUCCGGAUAAGAUGGUGAGACUUGUUUCAAGCUACGUUGAAGAAUCAAGACUCAAAUACUAUACCACGUCUAAUUUCCUCCAAGCUCCACCAAACCUACCAAUAUCUCUAAAACAGAAGAAUAAUCUUAUACAACCAAAGAAUAUCAAAGUUCGUAUAAGAACAAGCUCCAAACAAAUAGGUAUCAAGCAUGGAGGGGCAAAACAAAAGUUGCUGAGCUUAGAAACCACAAAGGAGGAAGAAAAUGAAAAUGCCAGUGAUCAACUUUUGGGGAGUAGAAACAGGAUAACUGCAGAUCAUACGAAAGAAUUCCAUAAUUUGCUCAGUAAAGGUGUGAUUCGUAGACAAUCAAAUCUCUUUCCAAACCCCCAAACCUUUGAUACAGGAAGUCGCGGAAGGACCACUAACGAGACGAAUGCAGAUAAGGACAGUGAGUACUAUUUAGAGGACAUUCCUGGUGACGAUGCCUACGACAGUGACGAUGCUAUGGCCCCACUCAGAGAAAACCGUGGGUCGCAAUCCUCUAAAAGAGUUUCAAGAAGCGACACUGUUGUGAGCUAUUUCACGAAAAACCAACGGCGACUGAGAAGUGGAACGUUGGAGAACAGUUAUGCUUACCUGCAAGGUCUUCCUAAGGAUGUCAACAUUGAUGAUUAUCGAGCUGCGAGCGCUUCACAUACAUUGGAAAGGUCAGACUCUAAGAAGAGCCUCGCUUCCAAUAUCUUAGACCCUACUUACUCAAAUGGCAACACACUGCAUGUCGCUAACCCCGACACAGACUCUGAAUAG